CCACAAACCUUCGCAAAGGGUGUGCGCUUCGUUUUUGAAGGUUGUAUUUAUUUAGCUUGCUAACAUCACGCUGCAGGAGUACACUGUCGGUAUGACAACAUCGGAAACAUCAGAGUCAUGGUCAGCACUACUAAAAGGAUUGAUGGAGCGACGCACACUCAGUCACACAUCCUCAUUUGACUGAGUUCUAAGAAGGUCUCGUCCUGUCGGGACAGGGUACGGGGCGCUACGCUACGCUGCAUACGCGGAUGUGAAUGCAUGAAGUUGAAGUAUCUCAGAUCUCCCGCAAAUGCAACCUGACAGUUGUAGGCUCCAGAGGUUUUAUGGAGCGUGGAUUUCUACUUUUGGUGGUAUUGAUGUUUUUGGAGGGCACAGUGUUUCCUCUUGGAGCUGCCAGCUCGCCGGACAUCAGUGCUCCGGAUGGCGCUGGAGGACACGAACGUAACGACGACCACCGAGGGAUAGACAAUUACACGUUCCCCAAAAAGGCCUUUCCUGUCCUGUCCUUAGAUUACGGUCACAUUCAAAUGCCUUUCGAGAUUUCGUUAUGGGUGCUGCUGGCCUCCUUGAUGAAAUUAGGAUUCCACCUGAUCCCGCGGCUGUCUGGCAUCGUGCCAGAGUCAUGCUUGCUCAUUGUGGUGGGCCUCCUGGUCGGCGGCCUCAUCAAGCUGGCCGGCGAAGAGGUGCCCCCCGUGCUGGACUCCAAGCUCUUCUUCCUCUGUCUCCUCCCCCCCAUCAUCCUGGACGCGGGCUACUUCCUGCCCAUCCGGCCCUUCAUGGAGAACAUCGGCACCAUCCUGAUGUUCGCUGUGAUUGGCACCCUAUGGAACGCCUUUUUCGUGGGGGGCCUGUUGUUCGCCGUGUGCCAGAUUGAGGGCACCCACCUGAGCCAGGUGGAGCUGCUCCCUUGCCUUCUGUUCGGAAGCAUCAUCUCGGCCGUGGACCCCGUUGCCGUCCUGGCUGUGUUCGAGGAGAUCCAUAUCAACGAGCUCCUGCACAUCUUGGUGUUCGGAGAGUCGCUGCUCAACGAUGCCGUCACUGUGGUCUUAUACCACCUGUUUGAGGAGUACUCGGGCGCCGGCGAGGUGACUCUUAUGGACGCGUUCCUCGGCGUCAUCUGCUUCCUGAUUGUUUCGCUGGGGGGCGUGGCUGUGGGCGCCAUCUACGGCAUCCUGGCGGCCUUCACCUCUCGGUUCACCUCGCACACCCGCGUCAUCGAGCCCCUCUUCGUGUUCGUCUACAGCUACAUGGCCUACCUGUCGGCUGAGAUGUUCCACCUGUCUGGCAUCAUGGCUCUGAUAGCAUGCGGGGCGGUGACACGUCCCUACGUGGAGGCCAACAUAUCUCACAAAUCCCACACCACCAUCAAGUACUUCCUGAAGAUGUGGAGCAGCGUGAGCGAGACGCUCAUCUUCAUCUUCCUGGGCGUGGCCACGGUGGCCGGGCCGCAUGCCUGGAACUGGACCUUUGUCUCGGUCACCGUCAUCCUCUGUCUGGUGUCUCGAGUUAUCGGGGUGGUGGGCCUGACCUUCAUCAUCAACAAGUUCCGUAUCGUCAAGCUGACCACCAAGGACCAGUUUAUUGUGGCCUACGGUGGCCUGCGAGGGGCCAUUGCCUUCUCCCUGGGCUACCUGCUGGACAAGGACCACUUCCCCAUGAGAACCAUGUUCCUCACGGCCAUCAUCACAGAAAUCUUCUUCACCGUGUUCGUACAGGGCAUGACCAUCAAACCCCUGGUGGAUCUUCUGGCUGUGAAGAAGAAGCAGGAGGCCAAGCGCUCCAUCAACGAGGAGAUCCACACCCAGUUCCUGGAUCACCUGCUGACUGGCAUUGAGGACAUCUGUGGACACUAUGGACAUCACCACUGGAAGGACAAGCUGAACCGCUUCAACAAGAAGUACAUUAAGAAGUGCCUGAUAGCGGGCGAGCGCUACAAGGAGCCGCAACUCAUUGCCUUCUACCACAAAAUGGAGUUCAAGCAGGCUAUCGAGCUGGUGGAGAGUGGCGGAGGCGUCAAGAUGCCCGCCGCCAUGCCCCUGCAGGUGUCCAUGCAGAACAUCCAGCCCAAGAAGCAGCCUCCUAUGGCCGCAGAUCGGGCCCUGCCUCAGUUUACCAAGAACCGCGAGGAAGAGAUCAGGAAAAUCCUCAGGAGUAACCUGCAGAAGACGCGCCAGAGGCUGCGCUCCUACAACAGACACACUCUGGUGGCUGAUCCUUACGAGGAUGGAUGGAGCGAGUACAUGCUGAAAAAACAGAGGAUGAUUGAGCUAGAGAAGAAGAUGACACAAAUGAGUAACUACCUGACGGUCCCCGCUGCCCCAUCAGACUCCCCCACCAUGCGCAGAGCCAGACUGGCUUCAGGCUGUGAUUUCAAAGCUGAGAACAAAGGGGCUAAAGUCAGUUCAGACCCUAACGCCUUCUACACCAUCAAGGCACCGCCAGGCAACGUCCCCACUAUCCAGGUGGAGCUAGCCUCUCCCCAGUCCCCGGACUCCGUCAACCUGGUGGACGAGUUCUCCAAGAAGGGAGGGUCGAGCCAGAAGAACACGGAUGACCGGAAGGAGGAGCAGGGGCGGAUGAUGAAGCCUCCAUCAGCGGGGAAAGGGGGAAAGGGAGAAGAGGAGGAGGAGGAGGAGGAGGGGGAGAACAAAAACCCGGGAUUGCUGAGGUGUCUCAGUGACCCCGGCCCCAGUAAUGAGGACGAGGAGGAUGAACCGUUUCUUCCCUGAAAAGCUGCUAGCUCCUCCCUUUGUGCAUAAACAGGGAGGGGCCUGGUCACGGCAGCGCAUCCCGCUGGUAGGGUCACUACAGGGGAAAGUUGUCUGUUAUGAACCAAAAGGAUGUGUUGGAGGAGACAUAAUAGCCAUUUUUUUAAAUAGUCUUCAUUGCUCUUUUUUUCCCCUGUUUUUUUAUUGAUAGGAAAGCAGUCUGCUAUUCGUGGGAUGUAGGGUUCAGGGGGAACUGGCCUAAACGACAUAAGAACAGAACUAUGCAUUACCAAAGUUUUGGACUGUUUUAGUCACUAUGUUCUGCAUUUUGUUUUGGUAAUGUUCCUGUUGUGUUUAAAUGUUUUAUUGUCAGUCUAUGGUCUAGAAAGUUUGCCUUAUUUCUGUGUCAGACACUUUAGCUAGAGUACGGCCAUUUUCACUCGGGUGCAAUAUGACAGUCGUACCAACUUUUGAGCUUUUUAAUUUCAGGGUUAAUGCCACUGUUCUUUUUCUUCACCUUUUAUCUGCGUUUGUCAUUCCGUUCCGUAAACUCCCGGUCAGAAAUAUUUCACUGUGCUGAACUCAAUAGACUACUUUCUGCAAAACCAGGCCUAUGGAGACCAGAAGGCUGGAGUAUGUGUCAAGGGCACACGUUCAGAGACAUCAGCCUGGCGAACGCAGGAAGUCUGCGUCGUUGCUGCGAUGUGCAUACUGCAUCGACUAGGUGACUUUCAUGGACUGAACUGACUGUCCGUUUCAGCGACAAUGCGUGACGAGGGAGUGUUGUAGAAAACGAGGCCCCUCCCUGUAGCGGCAGCAUUUCCCAAUAUAUUGAAAUCCUAUAUAUUUGACUGGACAUGCAGGAGAGGGGGCAGAAGAAAUGUCUUAAAAUAAUAUACAAAUCUGUUUUUACACUUUUCCUUUUGUCUUCUCACACUCACACGUCGUCACCCACAUUAUGUCCAUUACAGGGUUACCUGGUAAUUGUGCCAGUUUCAUAGUUUAUCCAUGCUCAUUAUUUAUUUAGAAGAGUAUAUUAUCUUGAACACACUGAACUCCGUUAUGUAAACCAGGUUAAAACUAUCACAGAAAAUUCAGGAGGUUCCUUAUCAUGGAGUUUUCUCCAUAUACUGUUAUGUCCUCGCAUAUUAUAGUUCUCUACUGCCCUUUAACUCUGUUGCACCUCAUUCACAUCAAGUGUUUGGACUCUUAAAAUACCUUGUUGCCAAUGGUGUGUUCCCCAUAGGAUUUUAGUGCUCACAUUUAUACAAUUAUACAAUAUUCCAUAACAAUUUGGUGUUUUAGGCAUCGCUAUGAUGUCUGGGUGAAGACAUCAUAGCGACAUAAUGUUCUUUCCAUCUCAAAGGCCAAGAACAGGCAUGAUGACCAAACUAGCAAUUCUAUGCAUUAUAUGUGUGAAAUGUGUAUAGCAAUAUAUUGAAUAUGAUGUUUAACUUAAUGAGUCCCUUUAAAGCAAAUGUUUCGCUGUAGUGUUUUCAGUGCAGUCAGAUGUAAUAGCUCGUUUGCUAACUAUAACCCACACGGGCAUUACACUAGCUCAGGGGUCUCCAGCGGGAUAAUCACGAGCUACCAGUAACGUACGAAAAAUCUCUGAAUCACCCCAAAUUCAACUCUAUACAUAUUUAAUGUUACCUAAAGGUGAUUUGACCAUCAAAACAAAAGCACUAAAAUCCUCACGCUCGCAUUACUACCAUUGAUUUUUAGAUAGCAGUGGCUAAAGUCAGCUGAAGUUUGUAAUGCCUGAUUAAAGAGAACUGAAGCAUGUAUUGAAGCAUGUAGUACAGUUUCUCGUGGCCCAUAGACUACUUUCAAGGUAAGCAACCAUCCAACAGCAAAUUGUAAGAUAUUCAAAUUCUGUCAUGUCCUGCGUUAUUGCCUGUGUCUGUACGCACAUUUUGUCUAUCACUGUGUGUAGCCAGUUGCUAAUGACAACCGCCGGCUAACUAGUCGUACGCUAACUGACAUCUGUAAGCAAGAGCCAGCACAUUUUGUAUUUGUUAAACAACGUAGGCCUAGUCUAGUUCAGUUAAUAAUGUAUAAGACUCUGAGAACUUGGACGUGUACUCUAUAUGGUUGUAUUUGAUGUAUAUUGUGCAUUGCUUGUCUUUUCUGCACAACGCCUUAAUAUCAGUAGGAAUAAUACUAGAGUAAGCUGCCAGCUUGUCAAUGUGAUGAUUACUGUUGCUCAUUGAACUGAAUGUCUCAAAGGUGACGUUCAAUCAGUUUGUAUUCAAUUGAUAGAUACACACUAACGUGCACUGCACCGAACAUUGAUUGAAUGGCAUAGCAGCCCCUCAACCCCGCUGUGUGUAACCAUUUUAGAUGUGGAGCGUGAUUGACAGAUAUGGCUGGAGUCUUGAGCUUUCUCAACUGAAGGCGACCUUGGCCUAGUUUGCCAGUUGUCACCUCGGUGCAAAAUGUCCCCCUAACACCGCUGGGAUAUCACUUUACACCCAAAGAGGGGUGUUGUGACAGGGGGUUAGAGAGAGAGACAGACAGAAGUCCCGAGGUAAGGAUGACUGGCUUAGUCUGUUUACCUGUUGUGUUCUCUCAGUGCAAUUAAAUAAGCCUAAUGUUGAUUGUCAGCAGGGAGGUCACAGUGGUUUGACUCCAGAGGGUAACAUGAGGACAGGGUCCCCAUGUAACGCCAUGACACUAAGAAACCGUGACAAGAAACGCACCCAGUCCUCAACCACAUUUCUCUUUUUUUCGCUAGGUCUCCUUGUUAAGUCCACGUCAUUUCAAAUGGCCGGUAGAGGGUAGUUGAAGGUUGAUGCCAGGAUAUAGAAAUAGAUAAAGCGUCUCACCACCUCGGUUAAACCAAAUUGAAUUAGGCACUGAAAUGUCCGAGCUUGUUGUGAUUAACAGGCAGUGUCGGCUGUGAGAGUAGACAAGGAUAAAUCCAUCUUGACCAGAUAAGGGUUUAACUGAAAGAUUGACAUUUCCUGCUUUGCAGGUGUAUUUUCUCUUGUUUUUCAUUUGUUUUUUAAAGGACUGGAAUUGAAUUCAGUAUAAACAUGACACUUACAGGCUUCAUGGGAAGCUAGCCCAAGAAUGAUGUUUUUUAUUUUAGCUUUAUACGGUGGUCCUGGGGGGAGAAAGUGGCCACUUCAGAGUUUUUCCAUUUGUCUUUCCAUUGACCAUCACUUAGGUACCGUUAAUGGUUUUCUGCUGUAUCUGAGGAACUACUAUUAUAUUUACUCAAAUGCAGUGCGGACGGUUUGUUAGAAACCACACGUGCAUCCAUUUCUGAAACAAAUGUUUUUGCCUGUAAGCAAACCGUGGUUAGUAGAUCAAUCGUGCUUGAAUCUCUUGCCACCAGUUUUUGUUUCCAUCUCAAGUCGUACAAAGUGUCUAGUAACUCUGAAGUGAAUUGGUGUGUGACAGUGUUAUUGUUGUCACAUUCCAGCUGCCUUUGCUGAAUAUUUGCCGGCAUGGAGACGUCCUGCUCAAAGCAGAUGAAGGUUUACAUUUUCAGUGGCGCUAAUAUCUUUGAAAGUUUAGUCGUGUUUCCUUUUUCAAUCAGAAGGAUCCACAUCUGAAAGGAUUGUCGAAGGUAUGUCAUUGCAUAUUCUCUGGUCUCAUUUGAAAGUGUCUUUGCAGACUUUUAAGGAAAAGGAGAGAGAUUUGUUGGACAAAUUCAACCUUGCAAAUGUGUGGUACUAAUUGCUUUGUAUGUGCUUUAAAUUGGUUCAUGUGUUUAUUUCUGUUUACAAACAUGUAUACUGUAGGCUAUGGCUGAAGAUUGAUUUUCUUUUCUGACUUAUUUUUCCCGGACUAAUGUUCCCAAAACCCCACACAGGUGGCUGAGUCUGAGUUCUGUGUGUGAUUACCUCGGAGCAUGUCUCUGGGCUCCUAUACUUGCAUAUAAAUGUAAAACAGGAAGCUUUACUAUUGAAGCCUCCAUGCAUGUGUUUCAUCUAGUGUAGAGUUUUGACCACAUGAGACAUCAGAUUGUGGUUUUGCCUUACAGUAAACACAAUAUUCUGUUAUGUAAAAUACUAUCACUUAUAUUACAGCCUUUGAGUUAGCUAUAAUAUUACUUUAUUUAAUGAUCUAUUUUUGCCAGAAUAACCUGUUUCUCAGAAACAUAAAAAGAUUGUUGAGAAUCAACAUGUACACAUGGAGAUCUUUAGUCUGGAGAACAAGGAGUCAGAAUUGCAGCCACUCCAAAUAUUCUAUAGUUUCAUAAGAUUUAUGUUCUAUUCAAGUGCUUUAUUUAGGUUCAUUUGCUUUAUAUUUCUUAAUGUGUUCUAAUAAUUGAAUGUGUUUUAUUUGGGUUGAUGUGCUUUAUAUUGGGUUAUUGUACUUUACAUUUGGUUUUCAUGCUUUAUUUGGUUUCCUGCUUUAUAUUUGUAAGAGAUAUUUAAUUGUAUAUUAUUGCUUCAUGUGCUUUACAUUGGUCACUCUAAAUAUCCAUAUCAUAGUUACCUUACUGGAUUGAAACCAGACAAACAUUAAAUACCAAUCACUUAAAAAAAAAAAAGAAAAAAAGAAACCACAAACUAGCGUUGUUGCACAGCUAUUGUUAUCCAGCUAGUCUGAAGUAGCCAAGGAUUUAAAAACAAUCUUAAGAGGACUUCAGUGGCAAUGUCAGAGGGUUAAAGGGUUAAAGCUCAUUAUGGAUUUUAUUGGCAGCCCAUAUACUGUACUGUAAAACGGCUUUCUUGUUCCCGAUUCUCUUGCUGAGAACGAAUCAGCAGUUUAUACUCCCUCUCACAGUCGUGCUUAUCAUUUGCAUACAGUGUAAGUAUGUCUAUGUUCAAAGAGGUUUGCUUGUCUAAAUAAUAAAAUCAUUCUUGAAAUGUAUGUAAAAACAAAAUCAGACAUGGGUUCAAAUAUUUAUUUUAUAUGAUAGUGAAAACAAAAAAUCCUUAGAAUUUGAAAUAAGAAGCUUAAAACUAUUCAUUUUAUUUGAAAUACAAAGCCUAAAACAAUUCCUUUUGAUUAUUUACUAUUUUCCAGGGGUAUUAUUAUUAUUAUUAUACUAAUAUAUUUCAAAUGCAGGGUAUGAUAGAACAUGUAUGAGUAUUUCCAAACACAUACAUGUGAAUAUAUACAGUACUUGUAUGUGAAAAUAUAUGUUGACAUUUCCAAAUGUCUUUGAACCCAGGCCUGAUUAGAAUAUCCCCCAUCAUCUUAAUGUAACAUACUAUAGCCUGGUACAUUAUGAAAUGGUGAACACAACAGAGAGGUGUAUCUUCAUUUUGCUUUUCGCCUUUCACCCUGUAGAUGGCCAGUCCCUACUUCUCUGAGGCUAAAGCCUAGUGUUUGCCACACCAUAAUGAUGAAGCACUUUAAACAAUACCUUUAAGUGACACCUUAAACACAAAUAAACUAUGUUAUAGCCAGAGCAAAGCGUGUGUUUAUUUUAGUCACAUGCUCUUCAUGGGCAAGUGUAACACUGGACGCAUGGUUGUGGCAUAAUGGGUUAACAUAGCAAGUCGGUCAGGUUAGGUGCCACUGUGGAUCUGCCAGUGCCACAUUAAAACAGAGAAGCAGGGAUGCAGGCGACUUUUGGCUUAAAGCAGACAAGGACAACGUAUUUUCUUCAUGAAUUCCGUUGCUCCACAGCAGACUGUUCUCUACAGCGGGGCGAUUGUAUUGCCUACCCGCCAUCCGUCUCUGUUGUUGUAUGGAUUUCUAUUUGUUUUUGCAUUUGUCAGCCAAUUGUUCUUCAGCAACUUGCAAAUGUAUAAUUUGCAAUAAUACAAAUGUUAUUUUCGAUACAAGUGAAUAAAAUAUAGAUAAGAUGUUAUACAAAACCAUGUUACUGUACAAAAAUAUAUUGAAAAGAACACUAUUGCACUGUAUUUGUUGGUUAACCAAGCUUAAGCAUUCCAUCCUUGUAAUUAGAAAACUGAUGCAGUAUGCCUAAUGAUGAAAUGAAACUACCAAAUUAAAGUUGAAUUUAUAAUAAAUGCAAUGUACAAUA